AUGAAUCCGUGCAGCAAUGGCGCGCUUGCAGCAUCUACACUGCGAAAUUGGAGUGAACUUCUGCUGGAGAAUGCACGUCUUCAAGUUCUAAAAAGACGGGCUGUUGCUGCGGAGGACUUCUCCGAAGCUGGGCGGAUGAAGAGGGCAGAGGCAGCGCUCGCCCCGCGACUCGCGCGGGCCCGGCAGGAGGCUGUGCUGCCGGCAUCCGUGGACUUUGCAGAGAAGCUGCAGCACUUGAAGAAGCAGGCAGUCGCCAAGGAGGACUUUGCGGAGGCCGGCAGGCUCAAGAAGCUGCAGGAGCCCUCGCUGCAGGUUGACAGGAAGGGGGACCUGCUUGCGUUGCUAGAAGCCCUCCUGCUGAUGGAGGAGAUCUCCAAGGAUCCUGCCAUGGCUCCCGAACUUCACAGUGCCUUUCAUGCCAAGGCCACACCGGCCGCUUCCAGCGACAGUCAGUCCAGCAAAAAGCAGGAGCUGGAAACGUGGCUGCAGGAGCCGCAGAUUUGCGACAAAGACUCGCAGAGACCGGCACCUCCAGAACGGUCCCGCGAAGCGCCCACAUGUGCUCGCAACGGCCUCCACGAGGAAAGCUCUAUGAAGAGACCCGUCGCCGGCAAGCCGCCGGAACAAGGAGCACAGGACAGACCUAUGGCCAGAAGCACUACCGUCGCCAGAGCUCCAAUGCCAGCAGAGGUGCAGCUUGGAAAGAAGCGGGCCUUCAAAGAAACGGAAGCCCCAAAGAAGGAGACCACGACCGUGGCAUCGGAGAACACACGGAGGAGUGAGGUCCAGGCGAAAAGCCCCACAAAGCAGGACUGUCACUAUAGGACCAUACUGUUAAUGCAGUACUAUGGGUUGGCGUGUCGCUCGCAAGUUGCGGGGCCCCUGCUGUGCAUGAAGAAGACAGGAGCAGAGCCUGUCAAUUUCCGCAGGAGCUUUGGAUCAAAGCCUGGGAAACGACCUGGUGGGAGGCUUGCAUGA